GUGGAAUCAUGCUGAUGAACUCUACGUCCUAUCUAACUAAGGAGCUGGGCUUUGUCUAAAGAUACUUUUUUCUUGUUAGACAGCUAAUCCUCCGUGUCCGGUCAAGGCUUGGCACUCAGACUACUGAGAGUUUGAUUACCAACUGGACAGACAGACUGGCAGAAGUGUGUGAGAGAGAGGAGCCAGAGGGAAAUACGAGACGUCCUGGAGUAUCUGACCGGAAUUCUUGUUGACGGUGGAAAGAUGACAUCCAAGUCGUCCAGGCUGGGCAGACCCUCAUCGGCAGGGUCCAAGCAGCCCUCUCAGAGGAAGGAUUGCCCGGUGGGUAACCGAUCCUGUAUGCUGCGGGUCGGGGAGAGGCUGAUGAGGGCUGGGAGUGAGGGGAACCUACAUGUAGUGAGACCCAAACCUGUCCAGCAGACACCCCUGGAGGAAGGACACCAACAGUCCAGCUCCAUCACACCCAAAGAGUUAGGAAACAACAACCAGAGAGACUCAUCACCUGAGGAUGUAGAGCGUUUCCACAGGCAGCAGACUGUAGAGAACCAGAACCACCACUCUGAGCCACGUUCCCCCAGCACAGUCCCCAGGAGGUACACCAUCGGAGGGCAAGGGCCCCACAGUGCCAGAGACCCCCUGACCAUGCAGCACGCUGACGUAGAGAGGAAGAAAGAGGUGUUCCUGGAGCACCUGAAGCAGAGGUAUCCUCACCAUGCUGCUGUCAUCAUGGGCCACCAGGACCGCCUCAGAGACCAUGUCAGGAGCCCCCAGCACUCUGCCAGCCCCCCGCCCAGUAUAGGGGAGCAGCUCGAGCACCUCUCGUUGGAGUCUCUGGAGACCAUGUCAGAGGGAGACGGUCCAGCCGUCUUCACCCGUGGCUGCCAGGCACGGGCCAGCCUGCCGGUGGUCCGCUCUGCCAACCAGACCAGGGACAGAUCAUUAGGUGUGCUGUACCUGCAGUACGCAGAGGAAACCAAGCAGAUCCGGAUGCCCAAUGAGAUUACCAGCAUAGACACAAUCAGGGCUCUGUUUGUUAGUGCUUUCCCCCAGCAGCUCACCAUAAAGAUGCUGGAGUCUCCCAGUGUAGCUGUGUACAUCAAAGAUGAGACCAGGAACAUGUACCACGAGCUAACUGAUGUCAGAAAUAUUACAUCUCGAUGCUGUCUGAAGGUGUACCACAAAGACCCUGCACAUGCCUUCAAUCGCAGCAACGCAAGGCCUAACAAUGCUGAGGGCAGGCCAGGCACAAUCAAAGCAGCAUAUGGAGAGUGUUUAUGGAGCCAUGUCUCUGAGAGGCAGAGAAAGUCAAGGUUGGAGUCUAUACCAAGGGAGAUACUGUAUGGAAGUCAUAGCCCUGUGCACACUUUACAAUCCACCUGCAGUCCUGUCCACUCCAUACAGGGGUCCAUGUCUCCCCCCACAGUCCGCUCCAUGCCCUCCUCCCCCUCCAGGAUCCCCUAUGGCCACCGAUCAGGGGGAGGGAUGCCAGGCAGUGCCACCCUCCCCAGGGCCAGCAUGUCCAGUGGGCCCCCCAGCAGGUCCGUCACACCCUCCCCCAGUGCCAUCCUGGAGAGAAGAGACGUCAAACCUGACGAGGACCUGAGCAGUACAAGUAUGGCGCUGGUGCGUGCCGAUGGGUUGUAUGUCAACGUCACUGACCCCUAUGCUGUCCAGGAGGGCCGGCUGAGUAUCGCCUCCUCCCAGGGGGAUGGCCACAAGGGAGACAUGGUCGACAUAGGUGGUGGUAGCCUCCACCGAGCCUUGGUCAAGUCCCCAGCCUCCUAUACAGAGAACCCGGAGCAGCAGCACUCCCUCUACAGACAGAAGUCCCGGAGGUACGGGGAAAGCCAGGGACUACCGCCACUCGGCACCAAAACUCCGCCCCCUUCCCCUCACAGAUUGAACGACAACCACGGCCCUGUGGCCUCAGAGAGGGGCUCUCAUAUUCGCCGGUCUCUGCGGAAGGAGAGUAAUGGUAAUACAGUGGAGGUGGUGAACAGGACCAGGGGUAGUGUGUCCUCUGUGUCCUCCUCUCCUGUGUUUGUGGAGCUCCCCACAGGGCACUAUGGGGACAGGCUGUUUCAGGGACACCUCAGCCCCAAUGACCCCCAGACCAGUGAGCGAAUGAAGGCCAUGGAACAACAGAUUGCCAGUCUGGCUGGCCUUGUUCAGCAUGCACUUGCUAUUGGGCCAGCUGAGAUAGAUAGGAGGACUGCUUCUCCUUUCCAUGUCAACAACAGUGCAGGAGUGUCACCAGUUCCUGCAUCCAGAACCCCUGCCCUCCUUGCAGAUGGCUUCAAUGCUCUAGUCCCUCAGGCCCCUUCCCCUGACUCCACCCUGCAGGUCACACUGACCACGGUCAGGAGGAACGUCACUGACCUCCGACAGCAGCUUCACCAACUCCGACAGCUACAGAUGCAGAACCAGGACAGUGUGAAGGGGAUGCUGAAGAGAGCAGAGGAGGAGCUAGCUGAGGUGAUGUCUGAGACCCGACAGAGACAACAGCAGGAGACCGAGCCUGGCCAGAGACAGAGGACCACGGUGGACGAGGAGAGACGCAAGUACCAGGCCAUGGAGGAGAGCGUUCUGGCCCAGCUCAGGGAGCUGGAGGAGUAUGUGGACCGUCUGAGGAGAGACUCGUCCUCCGGCAAAGGUCAGCUGUCAAUCACCCUCAGGGACGUGGAGGAGGGAGCUGUCAACCUCAGGAGGGUGGGAGAGGCCUUGGCUGGACUUAAAGGAUUUAUGGUCCCUCCCGCCCCUCUGUCAGGUGAGUUCCCAAGCCUGCAAGGGAAGAUGCGGACGGUGCUGCGUGUGGAGGUGGAGGCGGUGCGCUUCCUGAAGGAGGAGCCUCAUAAGAUGGACAGCAUGCUUAAGAGGGUCAAAGCCCUGACAGAGGCUCUCAGCGGUCUCAGAAGAUGUGUCACAGAGAAUCAUCCUCACAAUCCCGAGCCUGGAGCAGCCACAGCAGAGGGGGGUGUAGAGCCUGCCAUUGCCCAGUCUGAACCCCCCCGGAAGAAUCUCCCCACCAUGGAAUCCCCCAAACCUCAGCCCAGGCCCUCUGUCAGAACCCCCCAGCCACAGGUCAAGAACCCUGCAGGCAGGCCAGACAUAGUCCCCACCUCACCUGACAUUGUCCACCGUGUGAAGAGCUCUCCCGUCAACAUGCAUUCUUGUCAGCACUCAGCGGCUCUGCCACACCACCCCAGCCCCCCACUGACCUCCACCCACGGCCGAGACUCCCCCACCGUGGCCAAGGUCAGUCCCCGCAGCCGAGAGAACAGUCCGGCCCUGCAGAAGAGAAUAGUCCCUUGGUGUGGCGAUGGACCGGCACCCACGGCCAGCAGCACUGAGACCACCUCACAACCACCUGGUUCAGAGGAGAUCCACACCAACAGGGGCAGCAUCAAACACAUUGUCAUGGAUGUUGAGACGGCAGAGAGAGUGCAGGACCUGGAGGAGGGGAGGUCGCCACAGAACUCAGCAGCCACCUCUUCUGGGAGUGAGUUUGAGCAGAUUCUCCAGGAGGCCCAGGCCAGCCUGAUGAAGGCCAUACCCGACCUGGAGGUGACUGAGACCAGGAGAAGGGAGGCUCAGUCCUCCCCUCCACCCCUAGCUCCAGACCAGCCAUCUCUCCCAGACCCAGAGCUUCCCCUCAACCCUCCACUGCCAGACGAAGUAGAUGCCCCUCAACCUACUGAGGCAUCUCUUCCAGAACCCACUCAGGCAGCUGAUGUGGCUGCUGAGAUGACUGUUCAGGUCAGCCCUGAGCGACCACACAGGCCUAUGGUUGAGAAGCCUCGCAGGCCCAGUGUGGAGAGAGAGAUGAAGAACAGCCCAGAGAAGUCAGGGAAGUCUCUUCCACCACCCCCAGCACGGAGGUUCUUCCCUUCACUGUCCGGCCCAGGGCUGACCACAGGGAGGUCUGGAGAAGUCAUCUUUACUACCAGGAAGGAAGCCACCACCGCCCAGGAUGAUGAAGAGGCGGUGGUCCCUCAACCCAGUCCCAAACCCACCAGACAGCCCCCAGAGGUCAAGCCCAAGCCCCAAACCACUCCUGUUUUUAUAGCCUCAGCUGAGCCAGGGGAAAAGGAGGAUGAAGAAGAAGAGGAUGAUGAUGAGGAAGAGGAUAAAUUCAUGAAGGAACUACAGGUGUUUCAGAAGUACACUCUUAGAGAUGUAAGCACAAAGUGUGUCAUAGACCUUACAAGCACUGCAUCUCAAGUCAGACAGAUAGAGCCAGAACUCUCUCUCUCACCCAAAGACCCAAAGGAGAGUCAGGAGAACAAGGGUAAUGAGAAAAGUGUGCUCAACACUGACGAAAACAGAUUUGUCAUUGUUCCAAAGAGUCCCAGGGUCAUGUAUUAUGUCACAGGGCAGUUAUCCAAUGAGAAGCCUCCAUCGGGAAAAACAGACCAAUCGGAAGGCAGGGAGGGAACAUUGUCCCCCUCACAGGUGGCAAACUCAAAUACAUUUGACUCCCAGCAGACAGAGUUACUAAUAGCAUACACAACACCUCUGGUAUCAUGUAACUCAGUGCUGGAAAGCCAAGAUUGUCCUCCUAAUAUACAGAAGAUAGCAGUUGGAGAAGAUAGUGGGAAGGAGAGCGUCGUUGAUGAGAAUGUCCGGAAGGAUCCUGUUCAGUGUCAGAAAGUGGGGGUAGUUGAACCUGUGUCUCCUCCAAUACCUGCAGAGAAGCAGGACAUAUCUGAACCCUCUCAGCAAGACUGUUAUCUUACUAACAGUAAACCAUCAUCAUCACCACCACCAUCUUCACCAGCAUCACCACCACUUCCACUAUCAUCAUCUUUACCACCCCCAGUACCAGUAAUCCAGUUUGUGAGUAGUACAGGCCAAGAGGUUUCAGGUAGUCCAGGGUCUCCACCAGAGAGCAGGCGCCUGGGUGACAGCCAGAGCCAGCAGGUAGUGUUGAGGUCCUUCAGAAGCAGAACACCACGGUAUGUAGAGGAGGGCAGCAGCCUGAGCCCUGACCUCCCAGACGAGGAGGGCCCUCCUCCUCCUGAGAACAUCUCCUUCAUGAUGAUCACCAGCAACAGAGUGCAGGCUCUGUCCACUGGGGAGUACCAGGAGAUAGUGAAUGGUACCAGCAUGUCCGAGGUUCAGACCGUCAGUGUGGGGAACGACACCACCAGUAUCAGCCAGGAGCACAGUGGCUUCGACAGGAAGCCUGUGAUCAUCAUAUUCGACGAGCCCAUGGACAUCCGGUCGGCCUACAAGCGUAUGUCCACCAUCUUUGAGUGUGAGGAGGAGCUGGAUAGGCUGCUGCACCAGGAGAGCAUCAAGGAGGAAGCAGAGGAGGCAAGAUCAGAGAAGAGUGUACCUCAGGUAAAGUCUAACACUUAUCUACAUCAGGCAAACAAGACAGCAGUGACAGGAAAUACUGCAACCAGUCACCAUAAUACUCCUGCUGUGGUUGCGCAACAGAAGAGUACAGCAGAGUGCUCAUUACCAGAACAGUCUAAAACAGAGCCCUCAAACACCAGUAAACCAGAGACCAAAAAGAAGUUCAAAUUCAAGUUCCCCAAAAAUAAGCUGGCGGCCAUCAGCCAGGCGAUUCGCACUGGGACCAAAACAGGGAAGAAGACACUUCAGGUGGUGGUCUAUGAGGACGAGGAGGAGUGGGACGGACACAUGAAUGAGACCGAAAGGUUUGAGAUCAACAGCAGUAGCAUACCACAAACUGACUUUAGUCACCUCACCUCUGUGAAUAACAUCACGUCACCAAGCACUCUCACCAGGUCAAACUCUAAACGCAGGACAGAGGAGAUCUGUAAGAAUGCCUACGACUCCAUAACCAGUCUAGAGGAGACCAUUAAACAGCUGGAGAUCACUGUGGACAAUAUAAGCCCAGCAGCGCCUAACACCGACUCCUGUGAAGAGUCUCCAGCCACAGUGAAAUCCCAACGAGAGAGAAGUCCCUCCAAGAGGUCUGCCCCUCCUCAGGUCUCAAAGUUCCUGAAGCAUCCUCAGAGUAAGAAGUCCAAACCAGAGCUUCCCAGGCCAUCCAUCACAAGCAGCUCCAAGAAACAGAAUACCAGUGGCUCUCCUUCUUCGAGUCAGAUGUCACUUUCUGUGUCUGCAAAGUCCUGGCAGCAACCAGCCGGGUCAGCUGGCAAACCAGGAGGAAAAACUCAGAAGCAGUUUCCACAGACCUUUUGACUGUUACCAUCUGUACCCUCUUCUUCCCCUCUAUAUGCUCCUUGAGCAUGCUCACUAUGUAACUGUAAUCCACUUGGAGGUGGAGGCAAGGAUAGAUUGGCAAGGAUAGAUUCACUUCACUUUUUCAACGUCUUCAACCUUAAACUAAAUCAACUAAACUAAACAUAUUUUCAAACUAAACUCACCCUCUGUGAACUGUCCAAAUAUUAUUUAACCCUCUUUAUAUCACCCUGAGAAGCAUGAUAUUUAUGUCAUAAACACUGCAUGUGUGUUAUGAGUUGGUGCAUUGAAUUAGUGAAUUAGUGGGCAUCAUUAACCCUGUAGAUAAUAUCCUGACUUCAUAUUUUCUAUGAAUGAUCUAUAAUUAGUGUAUUUUAGUGCCACCUCUUUGCUUUCUAACAUGAUGCUUAUUUAUCUUUGUAUAAUAACCCUUCUUUUGCCUUUCUUGACAUUCCAUAUCUCCCGCCAUCUUUGUUUCGCAGGCUAACAGAAGUGCUGAGAAAGCUGGUGGGGAUAGUAACCAUUAUUUCCUUGCUUUACCUGCUUCUAAGAUCCCAGCCUUUUGUCAUAGCUCUGGAAAAAAUAUGUCAUUGCCCGGUCCAAACACUGUGUCUAACCCUAUUAAAUCACCUUCCUCCUCCCCAUCCUCCUCACACAAAUCUUUCAUCCCGUCUCUUAAUCUGAGUCGUCUCGUCCCUCCUAGCCCUUCUCUCAAUGACAGACGUCAAAUUCUUUCCCUCUCAUCACAAACCCAAAAUGGCCGACCCAGCCCUUUCUCUCACUGCUCAUCUUCCUCUUCCUCCUCCACCUCCCCCUCUUCCAACUCCUCCUCUUUGUCCCCCACAUCCACGUCCUCCACCUCCUCCUCCCCUCCCUCUCCAUCCCUCCUCUCCCCGACUGCCAUGAGUCAAGGUGCGAGGAGUAUCCACCGCAUUGCUCAUAUACCCAGCUUCACCGGACACAAGAUGCAAGGUGGAUACAGCAGUAAAACCACACAUACACCAGCAGCUUCAUUGUCCAAGGACAUAUGAUCAUCUUUUUAUAUCUAUAUGUAACAAAGUUAAAAACAUACCGUAAACUCAUGCCACAGCUUGCUUGAAAUGUUGCAGAUGGAGCCAUCCAAUUUGUACAUUUUGGAUGGCUCAACACAUUGGAACAUUGUCAAGGAGGACAGUUACGUGUGUUGCGAAGCAGAGGAUCACUGGUUCGAACCCAGUAUUGGGCAGUCGGACAGUGGAGGAAGCUAAGCUUUUAGCAGCACACAGACCCCUGUUACAUAACAGUAUAGAGUAUAGUUGAGGAAAGUGCUGUUUUCAAGGCAACCUAAUACAAUUGCAGGGCAUUCUCUCAUUUCUCUCUAGCUUUGAUACAUUUUUAAUCAUGAUCAAUUUGAGUUCACAUACAAAAACAGAGAAUAGCGUGAGCUGGUUUUCAUUCCAUGCUCCCUUUCAGAAAGGGGAACUUUUUUCAUUUCUGCCUCAGUUUAUGGGUUGUUCCACGAAAAUAGCGCCUUUUGCGUCCCUUUGAUAUUUAAAUAGACAUUGUGCACCAGUAUUGAAUUGUAAAAACCUGUUAUAUUAAAUUAAGUGCCCUUUAAUAUAGACUCCAUGGAGAAUUCAAUGUUUAAAAAAAUAUAUGAAUAAAGGUUUGCUAAAGUGCCAAUUCAGCAUUUUGACAUGUUCCUCCAUCAACCCUGUCACUUCUAGGAAGAUUUCAACCAACUUAAUCCAAAGAUUCCUCCAUAAUUUCACCGUCAUUGUAAAGCCCGAGUUGUUGCUUUGACAGUCAUUUCUGAAAAGUAUUUUUUAUUUCAUGUGAUUAGUGAUUCAUUUAAAUCUAUCUCUCAUUUUGGAGGCAAGAAGUUUCGAGGUUAAGAGCGAUGGGCCAAUAACCGAAAGGUCGCUGUUUCGAAUCCCCGAGCUGACGAGGUGUAAAUUCUGCCUGUGCCCUUGAGGAGCCACUUAACCCUAAUUGCUCCUGUAAGUCGCUCUGGAUAAGAGGUUCUUCUAAAGGACAAAACAUUUACAUUUUAAGGUCAAUCCUGUUACAUUAACUGAAAUCUGUUUUUAAUAUGGUGAAACUAUUCCUUUAAAAAAAAAUCGUAAUAAGAAUGUAACAUAGUCAAAUCAUAGUGUAAGAGCAGGUGAGCCGUUUCUACUCUUUCUGGCCAUUUUCUGGUGUUUUGUGGUGGAAAACUGAAUGGGUCGAGCAAAACACAUAGAUAAGACAGGCUAGAAAUGUUUAAGCUAUUUCAUUGUUUUUGUGAAGCUAGCUUGCAUUUAAUUGCCACUCCCUGUUGCACACAACAAACGUACAUUCCCCCUGUUCACGAGGGGAUUAAUGGCUGAUUUAAGAUGAAAUGUUACUUUAUUUGGCACUUAAUAGGGUCUUUUUUUACGUGAAUAUGUUUUUAUGAAGUUAAAUGUGCAUUUUAUGACCGAAUGUACAAAUUAAGUGAAAUCAAAAGGUUUUUUUUUUCUUCCAAGUUACACUUCUCAAAAGGCACCGAAUUGGUGGAAUGACCCUGUUGUAUGAUGAUAAACAUAUUCACAAGAACUACUAGCUUUACAAAUGAUCAACACAAAAAGGUGCAAACAUUCUAGAGUUAAUACUAAUGUAGUUUAGUGGUUCAUUUUUAUUGAUGUGAGAAAUCUGUGAUUUUAACGGAUGGUGUUAUAUUUUAAACGAAUUAGUGACACUUAAUAAUAUAAAGAUUUGAUCUAAAAUAACAAUUUAUGUAAAGAAAUCAAAUAAUUUAUUUACAUUUUUAUGGUGGAUGAAGGCAUAGAUGCAGACUUUCAUCUAGCAUCAUCAGUCACUCAGAUGUCAUCUCUCUUAUGCAAUGAUCUUAGAUGUGUGGAGUUGUGCAAGUGGAACAUUGAAGAUCAAAAUGCUUGGUGAUUUCUCAAGCUUCCGAUGCACUGCCAAAUCCUUUGAGCUAACAAGAUAGGCAUUUUAAGGCAGUAGAUGUACUAACAUGCUUGUACUAAAGUGUUUGGUUUUACAGAUCAUGUAUCUAAGACAUGCACUAUGUGGACAUUGUAAUGUUUACCUUUGGGAUGGCAACUGACUUAUAUUCAUAUUAGUAACUGGUGUUUACAUUCAUAAUUAGUGACAGAAGUUUACAUGCAAGUGUAUGUAUUUAAGAGAGUUUUGUCUUCAGAAAAGUAUUUUAACUUGCCAAACUUCACUCCUAUGCAUGCCCUUUUAGAGAUUUAUCUGUCAUGUUAGAGAACUAUUGUUUUCACAACUCUGUAAAUAUUUUGUGUUCUCUGAUUUUGUAAAGCUGUAAACCAUGUUGUAAAAAGGUAUUGUAGAAUUUAAUGCUUGUGAGGUUGAGAAACUAAUAAAGGGCUUUCUGUUA